AUGUCUGACGAAUUCGAAAAAAUCAUUGCGGCAAAAGACUUGAAUGUUGACGUACUGAAAAUUGUAACAUCGAAUGUAACAAACGUAUUAAAUGAUUUUUAUCAUUUGACACAUUCAAACCAUUCCCAAGACCAGAAAAUCAACUCUAUUGUGAACGAAAUCAAAGAGCAAGGUGUAAAGUUCCGUGAUGUUACCGCACAAAGUCUUGUCGAU